GUCUCCUAAUCUCUCCCUCCUGGAAAUACUCAGCCCUACCUCUCUCUGACCUACCCCGAUUCAGUUUUGAAUACCAUUCUGUUUCAAUCACCUGUCCAACUAAUCUAUACAUUGUUGUCAUUUAUCGCCCCCCAGGUCCACUGGGAAACUUCAUCGAUGAGCUGGAUAUCCUACUCGGCUCUUUCCCUGAGGACGGCACCCCACUGAUCCUGCUUGGAGAUUUCAACCUCCACCUGGAAACAUCCCAGUCUUCAGCUGUCCUACAUCUCCUCCACUCCUUUGACCUCUCCCUACAGUCAUCUCCCCCUACCCACAAGGCGGGCAACCUCCUCGACCUGGUUUUUCUGAGGAAUAGCCCUUGCACCGAUAUCACUGUAACCCCUCUGCACACCUCUGACCACCACUUCGUUUCCUUCUCCCUCCCCCUUGCUCCCUCUCACCCACCUUCUCCCCCCACACCCACUGUAUCUGUCCGCCGCAAUCUCUGCUCCCUCUCAACCUCCUCUCUUGCUUCAUCUGUCACUGCUGCCCUCCCUCCUCUCGAAUCCUUCACUACCCUCCCCACUGAUUCUGCAUCCACCUCCCUACUUUCCUCCCUUACAUCUGCUCUUGACUCCCUCUGCCCCACUGUCUCUAGGCCAACACGUCCAUCUCCUCCCCGCCCGUGGAUGUCCAAUGCCAUACGCACCUCCAGGGUUGGACUCCGUACAGCAGAGAGGAAGUGGAGGACAUCCAGAGAUGCUUCAGACCUCUCUGCCUACCAAUCCCUCCUUGCAGCGUUCUCCUCCACGGUGACUGCUGCCAAGAAUGAGCUCCUCGAUCCCCAUCAGUCUGGAUUCAGACCAGGCCACUCGACAGAGACCGCACUCCUCUCUGUCAACGAAGCUCUCCACGCAGCCCGAGCAGCCUCCCUCUCCUCCGUCUUAUUACUUCUGGACCUAUCGGCAGCCUUCGACACAGUCGACCACCCCACCCUCCUGUCCUCCCUAUCUGCAAUGGGGAUCUGUGGCACAGUCCUCAAUUGGAUUGAGUCUUACCUCUCAGAUCGCUCCUUCCAGGUCUCAGCCCGCAUCACUGCCUGCCUGAGUGAUAUUCAGAGCUGGAUGGUCCGCCACCAUCUCAAGCUCAAUCCAGGUAAGACAGAGCUCAUUUAUAUUCCGGCUCUUAACUCCCCUCUCUCUGAUCUCUCUAUCUCCCUAGGUAAUACCAUCCUCACACCAUCACCCUCAACUAGAAACCUUGGCGUGGUGAUGGACAACAGACUGUCCCUCACCGAGCACAUUUCAGCAGUGACACGUUCAUGCAGGUUCUUCCUGUAUAACAUCCGGAGGAUCCGCCCCUUCCUCACAACUUACUCGACCCAACUCCUCGUCCAGGCAGUGGUCCUGUCCCGCCUGGACUACUGUAACUCCCUGCUUGCUGGCCUCCCAGCAUCAUCUAUCAGACCCCUGCAACUCAUCCAGAACGCAGCAGCGCGUCUGGUCUUCAACCUCCCCAGACAUUCCCACGUUACCCCCCUGCUCACCACCCUCCACUGGCUCCCCGUGAUGGCUCGCAUCAAAUUUAAAACAUUAGUGCUUGCCUUCAAAGCAGCCAGGGGUCAGCCCCUCCCUAUCUACGUCAACUCAUCAGACCCUACACCCCAGCUAGACCUCUCCGUUCUGCUGCCACAUGUCGCCUGGUCCCUGCCCCGGCUCGCACCAGCACCCGGUCACGCCUCCUGUCUGUUCUAGCCCCACGGUGGUGGAAUGACCUUCCUGUGCAAGUCAGAACAGCAGAGACCCUGGCCGUCUUCAAACGUAGACUGAAGACUCACCUCUUCAAGCUACAUCUCACCUCAUCACCCCCCACUACCCUCUAACAUUUUUUUUUUUUUUCUAAAAAA